GUCCUCAGUUGCUCUUGGACUCUCGAGAAAUCCCAUCUCAGACUCAGUUGUUCAUCAAAGAUGUGGCUGAGAUUGGCAACUCUUGUGAUGGUGCUCUUUGCUCUGACAACGGGAAAGGACACAGUUUGGCACAAACCAGGAUGUCACAAAGUUGGACACACCAGGAAAAUCAGUAUUCCGGGAUGUGUGGAGUUUCUUGUCACAACUAAUGCCUGUAGGGGUUUCUGCGAAUCCUAUGCCGUUCCCUCGGCCUAUGGCACAGUCAUGAAACCCAUGAAGCCUGUGACGUCAAUUGGACAAUGCUGCAACAUCAUGGGAACGCAGAAUGUUAUCCGGGAAGUUCUCUGCCUCGAUGGGUAUCGCAAUGUUACCUUCAAAUCUGCCACUGAUUGCUCUUGCUACCACUGCAAGAAGGAUUAGUCACCUGAAAAUUCUCUGAUGCCACAUAAAGUGAUAUUGUUCUUAUUCAAUCAUUAUGUUCAAGUAGAAAAAUAAAAAUAAAAAUUUCUAUGCACAAA